CAGCGGGAUAAAGGGAUGGAGGUUACUGCAGAGAAGAGCAAGAGGGGAUUUAACAUCACUCACAUGCUGCACUCGAUCAUUCCCUCUUUUGUGAGCAGGACAAUACAAGCCAGGGGUACAGAGCUUAAAAAGGAUAGACACACUGUUACAGCCAGCAACCCUGCAGAGACACCAGCCAACACAGAGUUGCUGAAUGUUUAGAAGAAAAGUUCUUUCCACGUCUUCUCCACGAUGCUGUAUACUCUGGCAGGAGGAGGCACACUGUGCGGUGUGGCAGCCCUAGUGCUUCUUAUCGUCUCCACAGCGACAGACUUCUGGAUGCAGUAUCGAUACUCUGGUAGCUCAGCCAAUCAGGGGCUUUGGAGGUUCUGCAUCAACCACAAAUGCCACACCCACACCAUAACCGUAGCCUUCUGGGAUGCCACUCGAGCCUUUAUGUUGCUGGCUGUUCUGAGCUGCUUCGCCGGCGUGGUGCUCGGCCUGAGCGCCUUCACAAACGGCACCAAGAACAGGAGGGUCCGUACAGGUGGCAUCGCCCUCGUCCUGUCAGGUUUUCUGGCUCUGCUGGCUUUGGCCAUUUACACCGGAGUGACUGUCACUUUCUUUGGCAAACGCUUUUUGGACUGGCGCUUCUCCUGGUCUUACAUCAUCGGCUGGGUUGCAAUCAUUUUGGCGUUUGCAGCAGGUGUGUUCCAGCUCUGUGCAUACCAGAGGACCACAGCAGAACCUGCUCCUUCCAACAAUCCAGACAGUUAAACAAGAAGAUCGCACCGAUUCGCUCAAACACCGCUUCAAAAUGUCACUGCUGCAUUUAAGUCCUUAG